CUUCGCGAGGAGAGGGAGAGACCCCGACGCUGUUGACACGAGAGCCGUGGACCGCGAUACCUCUAGCAGCCAGCAUCAUGGGAAUGAAUAACCCCAUCACACGUUUGAUGUGUUUCACCUUCUCCCUGAUGGUCGGAAUAAGUCGCCCAGUGUGUCGUUAGUCGCCUUUUAGAAAUAAAGGCGCAAAGAGAAUCAAUGAUACGUGCACUGUUAAUGAUCUGUAAUGUUACGGUCCCCGGUCGGCGCACACCGUGUGCUACAGGAAGGACUACAUGUAAAAAGAGAAGGUAUGCGAUUUGGAACGCAGCCCAACAGAUGACCGGGGAGGUCAGUGGACCGAGGAGGUCAGGUGACUCGUUGUAACGGCUCUACAGGAGACUUGUUGUUACGGCUCUCCAGGUGACUCGUUGUAACGGCUCUACAGGUGACUCGUUGUAACGGCUCUACUCGUUGUAACGGCUCUCCAGGUGGCUCGUUGUAACGGCUCUAACAGGUGACUCGUUGUAACGGCUCUACAGGAGGGAGACUCGUUGUAACGGCUCUCCAGGUUACUCGUUGUAACGGCUCUACAGGUGACUCGUUGUAACGGCUGCAGGUAUAACAUCUACAGGUAUGGACGCAGCGGCCAGGUGUGGAAACAGGAUAAUUUUUACUGGUCCGGACGGCGUCGGGGACUAUAUGUCCAGGAGGUUGGACCCCCGCUAUGUGGGCUCAGGGACCCCGUCUCAGGAGGCCAGCGGUGGGCUGGAGUACCUGACCCGGGCCCCCCCUCCUGCUCCAGGGGUCCCGGGGGUCUGGGGGGUCCCGCGACCCACCCCUCCGCCCUGUGUGGGGGCCGUGGGCUGGGGGUGGAGCUACAGCCAGCAGCUGAACAGCACCGCGCUGCUCAGCAACAUGCAGAUCAAGAAGAGUGAGAUGCGGACCGGGGAGGAGAUCCAGACCAGGCCAGAGGGGCUGCCUGUCUACGCCUCACUUCCUGUGGGAGGCUGGGAACGAAUCACACGCCACUAGUGAGACGCCAUGACAUCACUUCCUGUGGGAGGCUGGGAACGAAUCACACGCCACUAAUGAGACGCCAUGACAUCACUUCCUGUGGGAGGCUGGGAACGAAUCACACGCCACUAGUGAGACGCCAUGACACCACAGGGACAAGAUCAUUUUAUCCUUAUUAUUGUUUAUAAGAUAAUGAUUUAAUGAUCAUAGACUGACAAUUUGGGAAUGAGGAGUUAUUAAUGACAUAAUUUCAACGUAAAAUAUUAUUACUUUUGGUGUUAUUUGUUGAGAAUAAAGCUGCAAAACACUUUGACUAAAGGAAUAGUCGUCUAUGAAGAGGUUCUGCUUCCUUUGUGUUUCAGAAACCUCCUGUCAGACGAGAAGAAGAGAGAACUGCAAACACUGACCUCUACAAUAAAACAUGUUCCCCUGAAACACAUCGUCCGAUGAUAUGACUCUAACAGGCCGACUCCAGAUGGAGAUCAACACAUAGAAUCCUCUGGGCCAGAAACAUGGAUAAUGUUCAAACAUGACAGACUAUGGCCAAUCAGCAGCAGGUCAUGGGGGUCGCAUUGAGAGACGAUACAAGAUGGGCCAACUUCUGAUUACCAUGGAAACCUGUUAGCCAGAUCCAGAUCAGGUCAGAGGUCCCUGCUCCGGUAUCAAACGGAAGUAAAUGGUCUGGAAAUGGCUCUGUAAUCCAGCCGGGGGUGUUGGGCUGAUAGCUGGCCUCACAGACCUCCUAUCUGUCCAUUGGAGAUGGGUCCAGGGCUCUGGUUUAUUAAUCCCAACAUCUAAUUUUACACUGCUGAUACACACCAGAACAGGGGUCGGUAACCCUAGGCACGCGUGCCACCACUGGCACGGGCAGCAUAAUCAUGGGCACACUUAAAAAAUAUAUAUAAAUAUUUAUUCUGUUUUGGGCAUUUCCUCCCAGUGCAAAUAUGUUUCA